AAGGGAGUACAAAGUCAAUGGAUCUGGAAAAUGGCGUGUAUGCUCGAGUGAUCAAAUCAAAGGGCACGGGGGCGUUGGAAAGCGUAAAAUCUGGGAGAAAAGGUAUGAUUUUCCUCCUAAAGGAACACUGAGUGUAAAAGCACUCACUUUAUUAAGGGAAAAGAUCAUUGCGGAUGGCAGAGAAAUGAGAGCACAGAGUAAGAUAAGAACCAAGGACGAACUGACUCAGACUAAGUCAGAGCUAAACAUUAAGCAAAUGUUUUUCCUACAUCAGAUUCAUUACAUGAUGAACCUAACUUUCUUUUUUUCCCCUCCUCCCUAUGCACCUGGGGUACAUUUCCAAUUCACAAGGGUACCGCUUCUGGACGAUGACCUCCAACCCCCUCCACAACGUCGCCCUCCACCACCACCUGCUCAACAAAUCGCACAGAUACAACAACCAGCUCAACAAGCCGCACAGAUACAACAGCCAGCACGACAAGCACCACCUUCUGCACCCCCGCCACCGCCGAUGCAAGAACAGCCACAUGGAGCAGAAUCAGAGAUCAUCGACCUCGACACCACGGUAGAAGAGGAUGAAGGGGGACCUACGAUAAAGAUAGAAAAAGGGGCCAAGCCUAAGAUGAAAAACGAACCGGGAAGAAGUCUCAGAAGCAAAGAUAAAAACGACCUUCAAUUACCCAUGGUUCAAGUCGCAGGGCCGGAAGGGCAACCGAUGCUGGUCUACAGGCCCUAUGGAUGGCAGGAAAUACAGGAGAUGGGAGGACACUUUUCCCCUGUUGAGGUAGGAGGAACAGUAAUGGCCGAAGAAUUAACUCAGUUUUGUCGAACUUAUUCACCCAGAAUCCAGGAAGUGAGAAAAAUCCUGGAAAAGAGACACGGUUUCCGGCUGGGAACGAAAAUGACGGGAAAAUGGCCCGAAGACAGCGCACCCACACAUCCUGACUGGGAUCACGGAAACAACCUGCCUUAUCGAAAUGCUGUGGAACAAAUUGCAAAGGCCCUCAAGGACAUCUACCCGGUAACAGUGAACACUCAGAGACUGACUCAAACGAAACAAAAACCCGAUGAACCAGUUGAAGAAUAUCUAAAUCGUUUAACCACCGUGUUUGAACAAUGCUCAGGAAUGUUGAAACCAGAGGGAGUAAACAUCAACUCGGGAGAGGUAACAUCAUGGGAAUCCUAUCUCAAACAGAUGUUCCUUGGAGGACUUCAACCAGACAUUUCAGCAAAGGUAAAACAAACCUGUAUCGGGUGGGAGUCGGGAAAACUGGGCGAGGUUGUCACACAUUCUCUGCACGCCGAACGCUUACUAGAUGAAGACAAACGAAAAAAGCAGAGGAAGGCGGACCAACAGUUAUCUUCAGCUUUUGCCAAGAUAGGAGAAUGGGCACAGCCACAACACAACCAGCGCAAUUUCUUUUCACAAGGACAGCGUUUUCGAGACAACGGGCAGCAGAGAGAACGGGAGAAGAAAAAAGGGAAACAGUGGCCAGAAGACCUAAAAGAAAAAGUUUGCUGGUAUUGCGGGAAGAAAGGACAUUUAAAACCCCAAUGUUACCAUUUCUUGAAAACUCAAGGGACAGAGGAAUCCCAAGCGGGCGCGGGCAACUUGCCGGCGUGUAAGGAAAAGGGGGACUGAAGCCAGGAGGGGGAAGGGGAGCAUCGUACGGAGGCGGGUCAAAGCAGCCCUACCACGGCCCGCUGAGGGACCGUUGCAUAACAUCAAACCAGGCGAUUUCGUGUUGGUGAAAAACCUGAGGAGGAAAUCCUGGAAGGCCAGACGGUGGGAAGGUCCGUAUCAGGUCUUGCUGACAACUCACACUGCCGUGAAGGUCGCGGAGCGUGCCACCUGGGUGCACGUUGCCCAUUGCCGGAGGGUUGGUCUUGGAUUCUCAAGUGCGAACCAAAGGGAGGACGACUAGUCGACUGCUACGGACCGCGUUUUCGUAUUAGAGGGAACACCAGAGCCCUACGACCUGCAGGGCUGUACGGAGAACGUCACGAGAAAACUGCGACAGCUCACAAAGUAUUGGAGGACGACCCGAGUAUUCUGGGUUUGGUAUUCACCGACACACACGACAUCUUUAAUUUCUUGGAGGUGCACGACGUAUGCAGUUUGAUACAUGUAAUAACAACACCGGCUCUGAGACCAAAAAUCAACUUAGACACUAAGCUAAUUUCAUUCGAACAAGAAAGCAGGAUAGCUUGGAACGAUUGCACCGUGUGGUCAUACCAAACCCGAACCUACACAGCAAAUUGAUCAACAAGGGCUCACGACCCCAACUCUAACUGUGCUCAGGGCUCACGACCCCAACUCUAACUGUGCUCAGGGCUCACGACCCCAACUCUAACUGUGCUCAAUCGAAAGUCAUCAAGGGCUCACGACCCCAACACUAACUGUGCUCAAAUUCUCUUCAAAGAUAUGAACUGUUUUCCUUUUCCGACAAUGAGGUUCAUUUUAAUGUUAUGCAUGUGCAUUUUUGCUUUCGCAACUGCACAACAUCCUGUAUACACAAUGCUUAAGGGUAAUAAUUCUUUCAUAGACGUCGUAUGCGACCCAAUAUCAGCUGCGGGGCCAGAAUACAAUCCUGAAGGUAUCCCUAAGUGGGGAAAACGAAUGUAUUUUUGCAUAGCACCAUGUAGAGACUAUACACAUGUCAUCACGGGUAACGAAGACUACCAGGAAGGUAGUGAAUACGAACAUGUAAAAAGCUGGGAUGGCAGGGAACCGUUAUAUCCACAUAAAAUGUUUGGUCCAUUUGUUAAUGCUUAUGACAUAGUUGAAGAGGGAAGAACAAAACUGAAGUUGACUAUUAAAGGGGGGUGGAACAAAUACUGGAAUGCAGCUAUAGAUUGGAAAGGGACAUUUUAUUGUGCUUGGGAAAUAACUGGGAAAGACAUUUUUACUGAACCUUUUGAGAUCCAAAUUAUAGAACCAUUGCCUAAUCUUUUAACUUCAGUUAUAGAGGACAAUGAGCAGGAGGAAGAGAGAAAGUGGUUCUCUGACCGAGUAAGAGCAGGAAGGAAGCCUGAAGAUAUUCAUAAAGCAGAGGUGGCUUGCGAAGGGAACAAAGCAUGCAUGUUAGCAUUGUUGCAACGACAGACGCUGAAUGUGACCAAGCAAUGUUGGUGGUGUCUACAAAUGAGCAGAGUAUGGCAAGUAACCCCCUUGACAAAACAGCUUACAAAGGCCCUGGAAGGUGAAAUUCCAUGCGAUAUGACAGACCUUAUAAAUAUCCAAGUAAGUGAGGAAGUUACAGGUUCCAACGCUACGUGCAUACAUCCUACACAAUACAGAGCAGAAGGAAGCACCAAGGGGUGGUUAGUAAAGCCCCGGAGGGGGGAGGUAUGUGUGUGUAGACUUGAGCAGAACGAUAGCACCGUAAAUGUGGGUCAUUCCCAUUGUAAUACCGAGGUCGAGUUUGAUGACACAGAAAGCGUGUGUUGGCAGGGUGACAGGGAGAUAGCAUGCCCUGUUGACGUAACCACACUACACACGACAACAGCUGCCACAGUAUGGGUGUGUGGAUCAGUAGCGUAUCAUGUUUUGCCCGCAGAUUGGAGAGGUUGUUGUUAUCCAGCCAUUCUUGAUGUAGGAACAACGAUUUAUGUCGAGGAUGAGACAAGUCCGAUGGAACACCGCAGACAGAAACGAGAGCUUGGUGAAGGGAUGCCUUAUACAUACCAGGGAGCAAAAUUAUGGAGUCCAUGGACUUCCAAGCCUGCAACGUUUGGGUGGGCACUGUUUCCAAGUGGAGGAACGGGUGCUGCACUUAUGAAAAUUAAUGGUCUGGCUUGGGAAGUGCUACGUUUAGCAAAUGAAACUCAGGAUGCAUUGGCAUUGGUGAAUAAAGAAUUAAAGGCAAUUAGAGAGAUGGUGUUACAGAAUAGAUUGGCUUUGGAUAUGUUAACUGCGGAGAAAGGAGGUGUCUGCAAAUUAUUGAAAACUUCUUGUUGUUUUAGCUUGCCAGAUGUGAGCCAGAACAUAUCUAACAUCAUUGAACACAUGAAGAGCGCAGUAAAGACACCUGGAUACAUGAGUGACCCCUUUACAGAAUGGUAUUCGGGAUUAAACGACAUGUGGCAAUGGCUAGUUUCUACUGUAUUGCCUGUUGGUGUAGGAAUACUUCUAAUCUUAAUGUUGGUCCCAUGUCUGAUUAAGUGUGUAGGGGGAACCGUAAAUAACACCGUUAGGUCAGUAGGAGAUUUUUCUCACACACUGGCAAGGAUUGACACCGCGCUUAUAGAAAUAGUGGCUUUAAACAACAGAUUGAGUGAUGAUGAGGAAGAUGAUGAUGAUGACGAACCGGCAAUUUAUGAGUAAUUCCAUGAAAAAUGACUUACGUAGGGAAAAGGUAAAAACCAGAGCUACGUAAUGAAGACAGUAACUGGAGUUAUGAAUAAAUCAUAAAAAGGGAGGAGUGUAGUGGAGGAUUUUAUUAUGUUUUCUUUUUAUAUUAUUAUGCUUUAUUUUUCAUCCUAUUUUUCAUUUUUUAAUUACCAAAGCUCAUUGAAUGUGCUUUACAUAAGAAUCAUGUUUUUCUGCUUACGUACAGAAUUAUGCUCUUUCUGUCUUUUCAGCAAGUACAAAUGUCCAAGGACUUAAACAUUAGGUGCAGUCCUAUAUGAUAAGAUAACGAAUGAAUCAUUAAGCUAGAAACCCAGUAAACGGUAAAGUUUACUGAGAACAAGACUUAUGUUUUAUGAUGUCAUUAAAUUCAUGUUUAACUGUUUAUGUCUUAAUCAGUGACAAAUUGAAGGUUGUUUCUCUAAAUGACGUGGUAACUGAUGAUUAUACGUGUUUCAGCAUCUACUAUAAAUGUGUGUUCAGCCUUGUGAUCGGGGCUCUUAGGUUUUUAAACUUCUUGCACCACGGGGGUGAGAGCCUAUUCUGCAGAAUAUAUAAAAUUCAGACAAAGAAAAUUCUGUCGACAGUGUGUCUGUGUGAUCCUUGACUUUGACUCUUAGUGAGUAUUAUUUGAUGCGGCUAAAAUUCCACGACAGUGCACUAUUAACUAUGUAACACAAAAUGUGCUUCUGUUCCAAUAUUUAUGAAGGUGACUACAUGUAAGGGUCAAAGAUCACAUAAAGUUGAAAUUUGGUAUCAUAGUAGCACCAGACCACGAGCC